UUCUUGGACUUAGUAGUGAUCUUCGACGUAUCAACACCUAGAGCCCAGCUUGUGUCUGACAUUUACAGUUGAAGAUGUUGCGCUGCAUGGUCAUCUUGACUGUGCUUCUCAUGACUGCAGUAAAUGCCCAAGAAAAAUCAUGUGGAAAUCCUGGUGUGAUUGACAAUGGACAUUAUCAGACUCCAGGCGGUCUUUUGUUUGGUGCAACCAUUACAGCAGUGUGUAAUAAAGGUUAUGAGCUUCAAGGACAACAGUGUAGAAGAUGCAGAGAUUAUGGUUGGGAUGGAAGUGCUCCUGUAUGUAAAAAAAAAUCAUGUGGAAAUCCUUGUAUGAUUGUCAAUGGACAUUAUCAGACUCCAGGUGGUCUUUUGUUUGGUGCAACCAUUACAGCAGUGUGUAAUGAAGGUUAUAAGCUUCAAGGACAACCGCAUAGAAAAUGUGAAGAUUAUGGUUGGGAUGGAAGUGCUCCUGUAUGUGCAAAAAAAUCCUGUGAAAAUCCUGGUGUAAUUGACAAUGGAAAGUAUCUGAUUCCAGAUGGACUUUUGUUUGGUGCAACCAUUACAGCAGUGUGUAAUGAAAGAGAUCACCUGUGAUUUACCAUCAAUCAAAAAUGCAGUUAUCAAUCCAAGCUCAUCACCUUACAAAUAUGGAAGCUCAGUCCAAAUCUCGUGUAAUGAAGGCUACAAAAUAGAAGGAACUGAUGUUCUGACCUGUUGGGAUCAUGGAUGGAAUUCAUCUCUUCCCCAGUGUAUUGAUAUCACCUGUGAUUCACCAUCAAUUCCAAAUGGCGUUAUCAGUUACAUCUCACCACUUUACAUGUAUGGUGACUCAAUACAAAUCUGGUGUUCUCAAGGCUUCAGAAUAGAAGGGUCUGAUAACCUGACCUGUAGGCAAUAUGGAUGGAAUCCACCUCUCCCCCAGUGUAUUGAUCAUUUGCGUGUGUGGAGACCUUUAAUUAUCAUAACUGUCGUAACUAAACUAAUCAUACUGGUUGUUGCAGGUGUUGCUCUCUUGCGGAUGAAAAACAGAGAAUGUGAAGAAUGUAAAGCCCCUUCUAACCCUGAGGACUCUUCUUUGGGUAAAAUGUCCUCCAGUGAUUCUAUAGCAGAGGAAACUUAACCACAUCACAUCUUGCAUUUGAAUCUUGCAUUUCAAAUGGAAGAUGAAUCUUCCAUAAAUCUUGCAUUUAGGGGGAAAACCCUGCUCUACGCUGCAUAAAAGCAUAUUAUGACCACAGCUCAGUUAUAAGUGACAUCUAAUGGCUGUCUUUAUUGCAUUAUGCUUGCACAAGUUUUUAUAGAAUGUUUAAUAAAGUUUGUGUGAACCUAAAAAACAUUAUAGCUUAAACUGCUAAUAGAUCCUUUUAGAGCCUCUGUCAUGAUUACGAAAUUGUGUUCUUUUUGAGGCAUGAACAUAGAAACUUUGUGGCGUCAACUACUGAAAAUGUUAUUUUCCUGUAUUGUUGGAAGCUAGAAUGAUAGAUACAGUAUCAUGGCUUUAACUUUGUUUCAUUGCACACCACGAAAAAAAUAAACAGUAAAAAAUAAUACAGACCUCUGUAGUGUAAAUACAGUGGAACCUUGGACUACGAACAUAAUUCAUUCCGGAAGCAGGCUCGUAUUUUAAAAUACUCAUAAAUCAAAGUGAAUUUUCCCAUAAGAAAUAAUAGGAACUCAUAUCAUUUGUU